AUGUUCUUUUUCUUUGUUAUAUAUGGAACCUGCGCUACGGACGGUGAGGCGGGAGGCCAUGAGGCCCAUGAAGUAUUGCACAGUAGAGCAACGAUUGCUGCGGUUGACAAAGAAGUAAUCGAGUCUUUUCCUACUUUCCUCUAUUCAGAGGUUAAAGGGCUCAAGAUAGGCAAUGGUGGGGUUGAAUGUGCUAUUUGUCUAUACGAGUUUGAAGAUGAAGACACGUUACGUUGGAUCCCUCCGUGUAGCCACACUUUCCAUGGUAAUUGCAUCGACGUGUGGCUCUCUUCUCGGUCCACAUGUCCGGUAUGUCGUGCAAAUCUGUCUCUAAAACCUGGUGAGAGCUUUCCAUAUCCGUGCAUGGAUCUUGAAACGGGGAAUACACGAAGAAACGUUCUAGACGGACGUUCAUUUGUUCACCUAGGUAAGAAUCUAGAUCGAUUCACACUGCAGUUACCAGAGGAGGUGCAAAGAAAACUGGUUAGCUUGAAUCUGGUAAGGAGAAGCCAUAUGGCUUUACCUCAAGCCAUGAGUUCGAGACAGGGCUAUAGAAGCGGUUUCUUUCAAGGACAACAAACACUUACGCGUGCCAUAUCUAAGUCUCUCUCUUUCACUUUUCAAGCAUCUUCUGUUCGGUCCACAAUUGGCAGGGACGAUCUAGUGCUAGAGACUUCCCAAGUCAAGAACAAAGAUUUGGGUGAACAGUUGUUCCAACGCCUCAUGCGAGAUAAGGUUUAA